GACAUGUUUCUUCGCACGCAUCCAUGUCGAUCGAAUAACGGAAACAAAGCAGAAAUGACUACACAACUUCUUUGUCCAGUUACCGUCGUCUUCUCUGUAAUAAACAAUUCCAUCACUUGUGACAUUUCGAUGAACCAAAACCUGUGCUUAAACCCAUAACCUUGAAAUCCAAACUGCUUAAACCCAUAACCUCCAAACAAAAAAUUUAACAAGUCUAAGAGUUAGAGCUAGAGCUAUGAUCCUACCAGCGGUUAAGUUAGGAACCCUUGCCCUGAAAACCUUCUGCAAACCCAUUGCCAAUCGCCUCAAGAAAGAGGCUGGUUUGCACCCCAGGUUUAGGCAGUUCAUCAUUAACAUUGCCCAGGCAAAUCAUCGAUUUACAACAAAUGUGCAAAGACGGAUUUAUGGUCAUUCAACUGAUGUUGCGAUUCGUCCACUGAACGAGGAGAAAGCUGUCCAAGCUGCUGCAGAACUUCUUGGGGAGCUCUUUGUGUUCACGGUUGCAGGAACUGCACUUAUUUUUGAAGUCCAAAGAAGUUCAAGAUCAGAAGCAAGAAAGGAGGAGCUGCGUAAACAGGAGUUACAGGCAAUGAAACAAAGAGAUGAAGAGCUAGAAAGAGAAGUUCAGCUGCUUAAGAAGAAGCUUGAAGAGCUGGAACAGCUUGCAAAAGGUAGAGGAAUUGCUGGCCUUUUCAGUUUCAGGCAUGCUCAAGCUACUGAUAAUGGAAACCGAAAUCCCAGCUUGACCCCAGAAAAGAUCGUGUAGAGCACAUAGCAUCACUAAACUUGGUAAGAUCCAGAACGCAAGUAUUCAGUCACAUAAAGCUAUAUUGCCUGGUGCCUGUUAUCAACAAAGCAGCUGACAUAUUUGAUUUCUAACCCUUCGGACAUGCAAAUAUGCCAUUUCAGGAUUUGAUAAUAUCAUUGUUCGAUUCCUCUGAGACUAUCAAGUAGUUAUGAUGAACAUCAUUCAAUUUUUUCUCAGGUUGUUCAAGCAUAGAUCGAUGAGCUGAUCAUUUGACAACUGCAAUGCUGUCUAGAUAUGGUCUGAUCCUCUUGGGUUGAGUAGUAGAGCCCGAAAUUACAUUUGGGGGGAACUGCCGUACAAUAUGCACAUAUAUGUUAGCGAAAUCGACAACAUAGUUACUUGUCAUGAAUUGGUUUAUUCAUCAUAAAGGUGGUUUUACUACUCUAGGAAGAUGAUAGAGAUUGUUCAGGAUUGUUCAUAACUUUUAAUCAAGUGCUCACUUAUAACA